AUGUCCAAAACAAGUAUCGAUGAAGAACUAGCAUCCCAGGCCGAGAAAGCAGUCAAGAGCUUCGUCCAGGAACUCGACGACGUGAAGCCGUUCGUGUACGAGGGGCAAGUGGCGCGUGAAAAGCUCCAGAGUACAGUGGGUCACUUUACCGACAUUGCAAACGAAAUGGGGGGUGUGAAUGUGAAACAUAGCCUGUCUCACAUCAUCGAGACUCUCAAGCUGAAAUCGGAUAUUAUGAAAACUCUGGAGGAAGACAAGGUGUCCUUGAAGGAAGCAAAUGUCGUGUUAAAGGAAGAGAAUACCGUCUUGAAGGAGGAGAACGCCCGUCUGUCACAGCGCUUGGAAUUGAUUUCUGAACGUCGUGCCGACGAUCGGUACAAGCACGCCGACGAAUUGAAGGAGAUCAGAGCCAAGCUCGAUCUGGCUAACGUGCAGAUUAUGCGGCUCGGUAUGACUGCACCAAUGCGUAAACGCCUCAAACUUGACGAUUAG